AUGAUUACUCAUGCCUCUGCACAAAAGGAAGAAAAGGCAGACUGCCAAAGCCCCAAGGACGAGUCACCGACAAAUGAUGAGCGCCAGCCACUUCUCCAACGAGAGGCUGGUGAGCUGGCUAUCAAGAGAUCAAGGGUGGAUGUCAUAAAUGAGGAGAAACUCGGCUCCAAUGAGCGUAAAAAAUUGAAGGAAAAGCUAUUCCCAUGGGCGGCAAAGCACCAAGGAGAUGUCUUAGCCAAGAUGACCCAAAACGCACUUUUCAGAAGAUAUUUCACACAACGACGUUAUUGGUCCAGAGAGAUGGUGAAAGACUUCCACAUCGUCGCGCCAGAUAUGGAUUACUCGAUCUGGGAAAGAUGCAGAAUUGCCGACCACCCAAUCGGCAAAGAGGCGAACGCCGGACGCGCCACCUGGAUUCAUGCCUGGUUUUUACAAGUGCUUUUCGGCAAUCUUUGUGAAAAGCACUCUUGGUUUGAGGGUCUUAAAAAGAAAUACCCCGACAUUUACGAGAGAGGGCUGUCUCGCCCAGGUGAAAGGGAUCCCUUGACUAUGCACCGUGCAAGAGUGAAUUCACUUAGGGGGAAUUGUGGAUAUGAAGCACGAGAGAUUAUCAAGGGUCUAAAAGUAUCUACUAACUGGAGGAUUCAAAUGUUAUUUGCGACGGAUAAUCCGGAUAUGGAAGCAAACAUAGCCAGAGGGAUCGAAAGCGUGCUCUUUCAUCAUGUGCUUGAUAAGUAUAACAAAACAUUGAUGGAAGAUUCCCCCACCGGGCAUUGA